UUCUGGAAGCAGAGAGGUGGUGGAAGCGCACAAAUGAGGUAUGUGAAAGCUAAGCUAUCGUAUUUUGUAAGCGCAUUUUCUUCAUACUAAAAUGGCGUCUUUCUCGAUGGUGACAGCUGAACUUUAUAUUCCGUUCCGAGGGGAAUUAUAUUUUUCUUCAACGUAAAACAGAAUGCAAAAACACGAGCUCCUUGUGCUUUUAUUCUUUUUUAUUUUUGCCUGGUGAUUUUAUCGUAAGAAAACUGCUUUCGCGAGCAAAUAUUUUUCGUCUUUCGAAAUCAGUCGAUCGACGUAAACUUAGGCUUAUUGUUUUCUUGUAUUUUUCUUUACCCUGGCAACAAUUUCACCAUCCGUAAGAUGUAUUACAGAAAACAAUCCCUAUCUUCAUCCUGUAUUUAACGGUAAAACAAAAAUUGUUUGAGACGAACAUUCUGCGAAGGGAUAUGGGUUUGGUGUUCGCUCUUUCUAAUUCGUUUCGUUAGCCGGCGGCCGGCACGAAGUUCAGGUUAUUUUUUUUAGUGAAGCUUUUCUUUGUUGAUUUCGGGAAUUUCUUCUUGUCAUUUGCCUAAAUUAGAAGGACAAAACCCAUGUUCACUCACAGUUUAUAUUCGAGUUCUGCGUUUUGCUUUUAAUGUAUAGGUUUGCUGCGAAAGAAAUAUUUGAGGUUAAAGGGGAAAAGCCCGGCUCCCUUCGUGAUCGCUAAUUGAAUGUAAAAAAAAAUAGUUUUAAUAUACUUAUUUUAGCUUCAACAUCGACUCUGUGGUAAACUUAAAACAGUCUUGUCGGUAGAAAUAUGUUGAAUCCAUCCAUUCCAAAAGGGUUUUCAUAUUAGCAAAAAAAGCUGAGGAUCUAGCCGAGAUUGCAAAAUUCCUAGUAUCUCCCAAAAAACAAUUUGUGACGUCAAAGGCGGACUUUGUUAAUUAGGGAAAUGUCAAAAUACUGAUAUUGGCACACGAGUUUCUGGGUGGAAAAAAAUUCUUUUUUAGGUUACUUUUUUUUAAAAUAAGACAUUGAAUCUUAAGUUUUUGUUGAUGAAAAAUGUGUGGAUUAGCGCUAUCCAGUGGAUAGUGCUAUCCACCUUUUGAACAACUGGGAGCUAGGCAAAUUGAUUUAAUAAAAUCAGGUUGAAAUGACAGAGCAACUUGUUGUAAAUUCUUCUUAAAAAAUCUCUGCUACUGUUACAUUAUUUCUGACAAGAUAUAUGAUUGAAAAGUACAUUGAUGUGCAGUAUGGUAAAACACCUGGUUUGUCAAUACAAUAAACUGCAGGAUACUUCAAAGACACAUUUGAGUAUGUAAAUCAGUGCUUUAAUGAAAAGCUUUCCAAUAUCCCAAAGUGGUUUAUUUGCAAAACUAUAGGAACAGAAAUAUCGCCAUUUAAUGGAAAUGGUCCAUUUCAAAUUCAUUUCAAGUAAUCUUACAGACAUCACAUCAGACAAAAAUCAUAUGGUAAGAUGGAUGGACAAACAAAGGCAACAAUGGGCGAUUCAGGUGUCAAUACCCUUGACCCCCUCUGUAUACUUACUGAUUUUUGAAGUCUCCUAAAUGGUUAUUGAAGACACUCUUAAAAUUUGUAACUUGAGACAGAAAGCUAAUGGACUUCAUUUGUCAUCCUGCCAGUAAAUAUCAAAUUAUUUGUCUUUCUUUAAAUUUUGUGUAAAAUUAAUUGUCACCUUAGUGGCAAUAUACUUAUAUAAUAACAGUUAAUUUUUAAAAAUUUUCCCACUUUUUCCUGCACUUGUUUUUAUAUAUAUUUUCUGUAUCCCAUCUGCAGAUACGAGGAUUUUGUGCAGCUAUUUGUAGAAUUAGAAAGUCACUGUUAGUCAAGGUGAGUUAGGGUAUAAGCAUGUCACUAAGGACUUUUGUAUUGUAUAACACCAUGACUAUAUUAGUUUACAACAGGACUUUAACCUAUUAUUAUGCUUUACCAAGUAGAUCUCAAUAAGGGUUUACAAGAUUCAACAGUAAAUUUAUUAAGAAUGUCGAUGUGUGAAUAUACUCUCUUAUUAGAUGAAAGUUUCUUGUGGUUUGAAUGUUGGCAAGCUGCUUAGAGUGUUGCAGGAGGGGCUGCUAAAAGAAGAGGCUGCACACUUUGCACCACUCACAUGCCUGGUGGGAAAUGAGGUAACACUUCAUCUUUAACUUUAAAUUAAAGGGGAAAAACCCAAUUGUAUUUUGUAACAUAAUGUAUUAAUUUAUAGUGCAAAGGUAAGUGCUUGAGAGGCAUUAACUAACUGCCUUGCAAGGCUGCCUCCAUAAUUGAAUAUGGUAACAAAAUUAUCUAAAAACAUUUCUUUUAUUUUAGGAUUCAGAUGGAAUCAGUCUUUCUCAGCGGGAUAACAUCACAACAUUCAUGCUGAAUCUGAGCAGACACUGUGGAUUUCACUCAGAAACAUACUCCCUUUCUGUUAACUUGCUUGAUCGUUUCCUCUCAGUAGUAAAGGUAAGUUUUUUUCCCAGGUAAAUAAUAAAAUUUUGUUUUUGUAUAUUGAGUUAACAGGAAGAAAACUUUUAACUACUACUUACUGGUCUCAAUUUUUUUUAAGCAUGUACAUUCUAUUAAUUUUAAAAAUGUCAAAUAUCAGGUUGUAAAAACAGGGUUGUCAGAAAGUUUUGAAGUAGAUCGAUGAGUGGUCAAAGUAAGCGGCCAGUCCAGGGAUAUUUAAAAUUAAAAUAAAUAAGGUUUUGGGGCUGAGAAAUUUUCUUGUCUGUUCUCUUGUAGGCAAAUCCUAAGUACCUUCCUUGCAUGAGCAUCUGCUGUCUUUUUCUGGCCAUUAAGAUGUCUGAGGAGGAUGAGGUAAAAAAUACCCAUUCACUACAUUACUGUUUAAACUAAGAUCUAAGGUUUUUCCACUACAAAAUAUUAUUGCGUCUCGAAAGACUGUUAUUGCUCUUCACUGAGAGUCAAGGGAAGCAAUCGUGGCACAGUGGUGACCCGCGUUCAGUCCUAGCAUCAAACCCAUAAUUAUGUGGGAUGAGUUUGUCCUUGCUCCAGUUUUUCUCUGCACUCUUGCUGGUUUUCCCUUCUUCUCAAAAACCAACACUUCCAAAAUGAGUUCUUAAGUGUAAGAACUCCCAGGUGCUUCAUGGAGAAACAAAUUUCAAUUUCCCAUAUUAUCUCUUCAGUGAAUGAUGAGGGUAAAUCUUCAAAUCUAAUGUCAGUAAAUAAAGUCGUGAUACUUGGUCUCUCAUAUAUUGACCUAAUAUGUGUUUUUAUUCACUUUUGUCUCAGGAUGUCCCAACAGCAGCUGAUUUUGUCAAAGUUAGUGGUCUUCGCUUCUCUUCUUCUGAUCUGCUUCGUAUGGAGCGCAUCAUCCUGGAUAAACUCAACUGGAAUUUAAACGCUACUACUCCUUUAUAUUUUUUGCAAGUAGUAAGUAUAUGCAACGAGUAUCGUACAUGAAACCUUCCAUCCUUCUUUCUUUCUUGCUUCUUCAUUUCUAUUCCUCCUUUCUCUUUUUCUUAACCCUUUUCCAUGUGAUUUUUUAUUUGCUUUUAUUGUUUUAAUACAAGACCUUGUAAUAAGUAUGUAUUUUGAAUUUUCUGUAGUUCCAUGCUCUUGGCGUUGCAAAAGGCUUUCUUGAUCAUUGCCCAGUGAACCAACAUUUACAACACAUCACUUCUCUUAUGGAGGGCCUCCUCUGCAACCACAAGUUUAUGUUCUUUAAGGUAAAUUCUCCUUUAAUUUAAGGAUUGUGAGUCAAACACAAUAUAUAUGUUGUAGUUAUUUUUUUUUUUUUUGUCUCAGGUAAUUUUUCGUUUUCUUUUGUUUUGGGGUAUGGUAAAUUUAUAUGCAAAUGAAGUUAAAACAAAAGAAAAGUAAAAAAUUACCUGAGAUAAAAAAAUUAACAGUGUAACAUAUAUGUUUGUGCAUUAAAUCGUGCAAACAAAAUGUUGCUAGGAAUAAAUCAGGCUUUUAUUUCUGAGAAUUACCACUGCAAGUGAAACAACAGUAAGGAAAUAUCUUGAGCCCACUGGCUGCUCAUUAGCCAUUUCCUAGGAGAGCAUUCUUUGACCCAACUACUUCUGCUUACAACAGGCUUGCACUUGUACAUGGAGUACAGUGCUGCACAAUUGUUUCUGAGGUUCAUCAUAUUGAUCUUGUAUGGAUUUGUUUUCUUUCAGCCAUCAACCCUUGCCCUUGCUUUGCUGAGUCAUGAGUUGGUGUAUGUCAGUAACAACUGGUUUAUGGCAACACACUACUUGCAAGAUGAAGGAAAGGUAUGAUUUGUCAGGUUGUAACCUCUUCACCCCUUAACUAAUCAUGUGCAGAAGAUCCACAACUCUCUGACCACUCGAGUCACCAUCAGUUUUAAUCCAGUCCAACAGGCUUGAGCUCAAUGUAAAAAAAAAACCUAAAGGGGAGGGGGGGGGUGGUGAGAGAAAGAAAGAGGCAAAACUGUUAAGACUUUUUUGUCACUUUUUUACCCUAAAUCUCAAAAUUUUGUUUUCUGUACAUCCUGGAACUUCAGGAGCAGGGCUCAACUAAGAUAUCCAGAGCACCCCUCAUCUUUAUACCCAAGAUAUUGAAACAAUUCUUUCUGUAGAUUUUAACACCUCCUUCUUUUUUGUAGGUUUCAGAUUCCGAACUUUGGGCGUGUUCAAAACUAGUUAAUGAACAUCUGAACUCUGUUAUACAAAAACACUUACCCAGUUUCAAGACAUUACCAGUGACUGAGAAUGAAGAUGAAGAGUUUCCAGUGAUAGAAAAUUGAAAAUGAAUUUGUACAGGUUCGUCUUGUUUAUCAUUUUUCAACAGUAUAUAUACACUGUCAAACUUUCUGUCACAACCUAAAUUAGAGACCUUCAAUGUGCUAACCUCUGCAUUCACCCUGAUAACCUUUAAACCAAUCAAAAGCAUCAAACAAGUAAAUGGUUUGUAAUGAUCCUCAAUUAUUUGCCCAGUGAAUUAACUUUCCUACAGUUGCCUAUAAGAGAAAUCAAUCUGUGACAGAAAUCAUUCUGUUCUACAUGUAGUGUAUGCACCACAGACAGUGACAUAUGCAUUCAGUCAGAACACUGUUUUGAUCUCUAUAAAGCAGAGUGUCAUUUCAGGUUGAAUGUUGGUUCUCUAAAACAGAUGUUAUCCUGCGUAGAGUUGGAGUUGGGUCCAUGCCUGAUGGUUUCCAAACAAAACUAAUAGCAGCUUUUAUUUCCUUGUAGGUCCUCCCUUCUUGCUAAGAUGGUUUCUUUGUUACGUGAUUAACUACAGUGUAGUUUAGUAUGUAAAGCAACAAAGGAACACUUUACUUAACUAUCACAAGUCAAGACUAGACUAGAGAUGUGUGAAUUGUAAUGAACAGUACAUAUGUAUAUUUAAAUCAAAAUUAUGUAUAAAUUUGAGAACCACCCAAAGCAAACAAGUAGCUCAACAUCAUACUUAGAGAUUCUCAUUAUGUCAACUGUUUUGUACAGUUCUUUUUUUAUGAAUUUUAUUGUUAAAAAUGACCAAAAACCAUUUUAUUGGUUUACUGGUUUGCCGGGUUUGUGUUACUUGUGGUAUCUCGUUGUGUUAAUAUGACUGUACAUUUGUACAUUUUAUUGGUUUUAUAUGGUGGAAUGGAGAAAAGGCAUUAGUGUAGACACCUUUAUUAUCUGUAAAUAUUUUAGUAUGGAGUGAAAAUAAAAGUUUGUACUUUAUAAAAAGAG